CAGCUGUCUAAAAGGGUGGUUCUUGAAACAGCUUUAGUUUCCUCAGUGUUGUUUCACAGUUGAAAAGUUCUAACUCUGAGACUUGAUCAUGUAUGUGCUGAAUUGCUUCUCCAUCCACCUGCUGCUCCUCUUCUCCUCUCUGUCUGAAGUGGUUGAUUCCUCAGAUGAAGAUUUUGCACACGAUGAUGCAUGGUGUAGGUUUAGCUCCAGAGAUUUACAUAAUAUGGAGUAUAUUUUAGAGCAUCAUUUUAACAAGAUCUUGGUGGCUCAGUACAACAGCACCACAGAGAGGUGGACAGGAUACACAGCAUGGGGAGUGAUAUCUGCAGAAAAGUGGAAUGAGGACCCAGAUGAGAUCCCCAGGAGGAGAACAGAUAUGGGUGUGUUAUGCAAGCCAUAUGCUAAUCGGAUCUACAACGCAACAGAGAUGUUUAUGGUUGAGCCCAACGUCACACUGAGGCUAGAGGGGCCAUCCAGUGACUCCAGCCUUGUGUGUAGCGUCCACUUCUUCUACCCCAAACACAUCAGAGUGACGUGGCUGAGGAACGGGGAGGAAGUGACCUCAGAUGUGACCUCCACUGACGUACUGGCCAAUGGACUCUGGAGCUACCAGAUACAGUCCUAUUUGAAGUACACACCCACAACUGGAGAGAGAAUCACUUGUAUGGUGGAGCACAUCAGCCAGACUGAGCCCAAACUUUAUUACUGGGAUCCCUCCUUGCCUAAGUCUGAGAAGAAUAAGAUAGUGAUUGGUGUCUGUGGGCUGCUGCUGGGGGUGGUCUUUGUAGUAGCUGGACUGAUCUACUGGGCGAAAUCUACUGGACGGCUGUUGGGUCUUAUUGGUGAACGUGAUUAUGGGACUUGUGAUUGAGGCCGUGUGGACGAAGGCUAGCUGAUGAAAUCCCUGUCGUUAACUGAUGGUAGCUGAUAUAGUUUGCUUUUUAGCUGCUGUUGCCUCUAGCAGCUGCCCCCCCCCAUUCAAAAUGCCAACAUUUCACCAACCAUGGCCUGCUUGCCAACAGUUAACCAACUACACUCUGGAAAAAAAGGGUGAUUUGUGGAGGGGAAGGGGUUCUACCUUGCGUGAAUUCAAUGUUAAAUCAAUAAAAUUUCACAAUAUCAUUGCAUUUAGGUAAAAAGUUCAGUGAAAAAAAUAUUAAAUGCCCUUAAGUUGAUGACUUUGCAAAUUCAAUCAGUUUUCCACAUUGAUUCACAUAUAUUUUUUGGGUUGAAAUGAAGUGGAAACAUCAGUUUUUGCCCAGUGGGAGGUUCUACCUGGAACCUUUUUCAUCAGAAUUUAACAUAAGAAAUCAUUUCUGUUUAGCAAAAGCCUUUGUCGAUAUUUCAGUUUAAUUUUAAGACAUUAGCUUGCCUAGGAAUUUGUGGAGGAGUAGCCUUCACUGUCAUUUGUGCAAAUGUGUUCUAUUGUGUUUAUAUUCAAGAAUCCUAUUUGUCAUCGAAUCUAAAUCCAGUUAAUGUAUCUUUAUUCACCAGCCCAACCUUUACCUGUGUGUUUUAAUGUAGACUGAGUUGUCCCUUUAAUUCUCCCUUUAAUGUCCCUUUAAUUGUGAACUGAUCGCUUGCACUGACUGUUAAUUAGUUGAUUGCUCACACCCGUGGCCUCCUGCCUCAAGGGCUCAGUUUGUUCAAAUGGAGGAUUCUGUUGAGUGUGUGGAAGGUACUGCGGAGAUGUCUGCAGGUUGUUAAUAAAAAUAAGCUAUAAGCAA